CGCACCAUGUCAUCAGCUGUGAGUGAACAACGCCAACGCAAAUCCAUAGUUUUGCGGUAACCAGGAGGCGAAAAAACGCAGGAAGCACAUAUAAUUAGGCAUGUCCGACGACGAUGAUGCCGGCGUGCAUCGACUGGAGGGAACUGCUGGUCAGGAGGGGCGUGGCGGCCUGGUAAUAAAGAAGUCCAGAGAUGGCGCUGACUCAACAGGCAGCUUCAAAGUGCCCCAAGGCUCGCUGCUGGGCCUGGACAAGCUGGCCGCCAAGCGACGCGCCGAAAAGGAGCGCGGCGAUCGCCUGAUCUCGUUCAAGGACAGCGAAUACGAUGACACUGGCUCCAGUACGCCCACUGGCUCCACGCCCGGAAUCAGUGAGUUUGCCUUCAAGAAGCCGGACACCAAGAGCUUCGAGAAGUUGAGCCGCCAGCUGCGCGAGCAUAAGGAUGACACGCCCUCGCACACGGGCGGUGUGUCGGAGAAGGCCCGCGAGCGGCUGCGGGAGCACAUUCAGCGCGACAAGGCGAGGGGCAGAGCGCCCAAUGCAUCAACGGCCUCAUCCUCGUCCGAGGGUCGAGGAGAAAGGAGAAGAGAGCGCGACAGAGAGCGAGGUGACCACGACCGACGGCGUCAUCGUGACAGAGAUCGCGACCGAGACAGAGAUCGACAUCGCAGUCGCGAUCGUGAUCGCUCCAUGUCCGAGCGGAGUGUCCACACACCCAGGGAGCCUGGCACCCCAGGCGGCGGUGGUAUAUCCAACAGCUCCUGGGACGAUGAUGACGGCGAGGGCGGCGGCGGGCAGCGUAAUUCCGAUUGGGAUAUGCCAACACCACGUCGCCAUGGCGGCGGCGGCGGUGAUUGGUCAGUGCGGAGUGGCAGCAGCAAUCGCAGUCGCCGAAACAAUCGGCAGGAUGACUCGGCCCGGCCGACACCAGCGCAUCGCUACAACCAGUGGGCCAAUGACCGGAAGCGAACCGGUGCCACUCCCUGGUCCGAUGAUCCCGAGUCGCGCGACCUCUGGGAGGAGGAGCAGCGCCGCCUGGACCGCGAGUGGUACAACAUUGACGAGGGCUACGACGACGAGAACAACCCUUUCGUGGGUCCCAAUUCCGAGUACUUCCGCAAGCGGGAGGAGCAGCUGGAACAGAAGCGAACGAAACGCCUCAGCGCCCAGCAGCGGCAGAACAAUCGGGACAACGAGCUGUGGGAGAGGAAUCGGAUGCUCACCUCUGGUGUGGUCACCAGCAUCCAUGUCAACGAUGAUUUCGAUGAGGAGGCCCUGGAGCGGGUCCAUCUGCUGGUGCAUCACAUAAUUCCGCCCUUUCUCGACGGCCGUAUUGUGUUCACCAAGCAGCCGGAGCCGGUGGUGCCCGUCAAGGAUCCCACCUCGGACAUGGCGCUGCUCGCGCGCAAAGGCAGCGCUCUGGUGCGCACCUAUCGGGAGCAGAAGGAGCGCCGCAAGGCCCAGAAGAAACACUGGGAGCUGGGCGGCACAAAGCUGGGCAACAUCAUGGGUGUGCAGCGGCCCCAGGACGAUGAGGAUUCACGCUACGACAAGGACAACGACACGGCCGAUUAUCGCAAGGAUCAGAAGUUUGCCGACCAUAUGCGGGACCAGGACUCCGGCGGUAAAAGUGAAUUCUCCCGCAAGAAAACCAUUUCGGAGCAGCGCCGCUUUCUGCCAGUGUUUGCCUCCCGGCAGGAGCUGCUCAAUGUCAUCCGAGAGAACUCGGUGAUCAUCAUUGUGGGCGAGACGGGCAGCGGCAAGACCACACAGCUCACCCAGUAUCUACACGAGGAUGGCUACAGCCAGCUGGGCAUGAUUGGGUGCACACAGCCGCGUCGUGUGGCGGCCAUGUCGGUGGCCAAGCGUGUCUCCGACGAGAUGGACACACAGUUGGGCGAGGAUGUGGGCUAUGCCAUACGAUUCGAGGACUGCACAUCGGAGCGAACAGUCAUCAAGUACAUGACGGACGGCAUAUUGUUGCGCGAGAGUCUGCGUGAUCCGGAUCUGGAUAGCUAUGCGGCCAUCAUUAUGGACGAGGCCCACGAGAGAUCCCUCUCCACGGAUGUGCUCUUUGGGCUGCUGCGUGAGAUUGUGGCCCGGCGGCAUGAUCUGAAGCUAAUUGUGACCUCCGCCACGAUGGACUCCACCAAGUUUGCAACAUUCUUCGGGAACGUGCCGACAUUCACCAUACCGGGACGCACCUUUCCCGUGGACGUGAUGUUCAGCAAGAACACCUGCGAGGACUAUGUGGAGUCGGCGGUGAAGCAGGCGCUGCAGGUGCACCUGACGCCCAACGAGGGCGACAUGCUCAUCUUCAUGCCCGGCCAGGAGGACAUCGAGGUGACGUGCGAGGUGCUCGAGGAGCGUCUGGCCGAGAUCGACAAUGCCCCGGUGUUGAGCAUUCUGCCCAUCUACUCGCAGCUGCCCUCCGACCUGCAGGCGAAGAUUUUCCAAAAGUCCGGCGACGGGGUGCGCAAAUGUGUGGUGGCCACCAACAUUGCGGAGACCUCGCUGACCGUGGAUGGCAUCAUCUACGUCAUCGACUCCGGCUACUGCAAGCUGAAGGUCUACAAUCCGCGCAUCGGCAUGGACGCCCUGCAGAUCUAUCCCAUCUCGCAGGCGAAUGCCAACCAGCGAUCGGGUCGUGCCGGUCGUACGGGCCCGGGCCAGGCCUUCCGCCUGUACACCCAGCGCCAGUACAAGGACGAGCUGCUGGCGCUCACCGUGCCGGAGAUUCAGCGCACCAAUCUGGCCAACACGGUGCUGCUGCUCAAGUCGCUGGGCGUGGUGGAUCUGCUGCAGUUCCACUUUAUGGACCCGCCGCCACAGGACAAUAUCCUCAAUUCGCUUUACCAGCUGUGGAUACUGGGCGCCCUGGAUCACACGGGUGCCCUCACCACUCUGGGCCGCCAGAUGGCCGAGUUUCCCCUGGAUCCGCCGCAGUGCCAAAUGCUGAUUGUCGCCUGCCGCAUGGAGUGCAGUGCCGAGGUGCUCAUCAUAGUUUCCAUGCUGUCGGUGCCGUCGAUCUUCUAUCGUCCUAAGGGACGCGAGGAGGAGGCGGACGGUGUACGCGAAAAGUUCCAGGUGCCCGAAUCGGAUCAUCUGACCUACCUCAAUGUGUAUCAGCAGUGGCGCCAGAACAGCUAUGGAUCGUCGUGGUGCAACGAGCACUUCAUACACAUCAAGGCGAUGCGUAAGGUGCGCGAGGUGCGCCAGCAGCUGAAGGACAUUAUGACGCAGCAGAAGAUGAACGUAAAGUCGUGCGGCACCGACUGGGACAUUGUGCGAAAGUGCAUCUGCUCGGCGUACUUCUACCAGGCGGCACGGCUCAAGGGCAUCGGUGAGUACGUGAAUCUGCGCACGGGUAUGCCCUGCCAUCUGCAUCCCACCUCCGCCCUGUACGGGCUGGGCACCACGCCCGACUAUGUCGUCUAUCACGAGCUGAUCAUGACGGCCAAGGAGUAUAUGCAGUGUGCCACCGCUGUGGAUGGCUACUGGCUGGCCGAGCUGGGUCCCAUGUUCUUCUCCGUGAAGGAGUCCGGACGCAGUGGGCGCGAGAAGAAGAAACAGGCCGCCGAGCAUCUCAAGGAGAUGGAGGAGCAAAUGUUGCAGGCCCAGCACGAGAUGGAGGAGCGCAAACAGGAGGCGGCCCGCCAAGAGGAGCAAAUGGCCGCCAAACAGGAGAUAGCCACUCCAGGCACAACCACGCCACGACGCACACCGGCCAGGAUCGGCCUCUAAACGCGGCAGUGGAUCAGGAUCGGCAUUGAGAUCUGCAUUGAGAUCUGUAUAAACCAUUGUAUUGAUAAGUUGAUCAGUUUUUUCUAUAUGCUAAUAAAGAAUCAA